AUGUUUAUGUGUACAUUAAAAUUUGAGAUUGAAGAGGAUCAGCGAGUAUUAAUCAAUGCGUACUUAUCUUAUGAAGAGCCCCAGGCAGUAAAGGAGGAAAAGGAUACACAAGCAGAUGAGUUUGAGCCAAUCAGUGACAAGGAUGAGGCUGAGGAUGAGGCUGAGGCUGAGGAUCAGGAUGAGGAUGUGGUUGAGGAUGAGGAUGAGGAUGAGGAUGAGGAUGAGGAUGAGGAUGAGGUUGAGGAAAAGGGUGGGGAUCAUGUCCAACCAACUAUUCAACCCCUUAAUAACCAGAAGAGGAUGAGCAAGAUGAAACUGAUGGUAGUGAUGUGCCUUUACCUGAUACACAAUGUCGGAUGUCAGGGAGAGUUCGGAAACGCUCAAAACUUCUUGGACGGGUAUGAAGUUAGUCAUGCGUAG